AGUAAUUUUAUAUGUAAAGGAGUGGGUUUCCUGCACUGUUAAAUACUAUUUAUUUUUCUACGAAACUAAACAGAUUAAUUGAAAAAUGACUAAGUCUGUGUUUUUGCUUCUAUUUGUCAUUACAGUUUGUUACGCUGGAAAUUCUAAUGUAUUCGAUGAAAGUAUUAACGAUAAACAACAACUCGGAAAUAAUUCUUUUGUUAAGUUACUAAAUCCUCUUGAUUUAAAACCUAUAAAACUUUAUUCUGAUGAUAGUGGACAGGAUAACGAAACCAGAUUUAAUAGCAUUUCUGUUUUGCAAGUUGAUGGAGAGAAAAAAGACUCGAGGAUUCAGUGGAGCAGCAAUGAUAUAAAGAAAAAACGAAAUGCUGAUGAAGCAAGAAGACUAGAAAACGUAUUAUAUAUGCUGGGUUCAGUACCGAGACUACUUUACUUAUUAAACCAAUUGCUCGAUUCUUUAAUUGAAUAAAUAAAAUUUAUGUUAAUGACUAAA